GAUUUUUAACAUUUUGAAGUCAGGCUGUAACACAACAAACUGUGGAAUAAGUCAAGGGAUAUGAAUAAUUUCUUAAGGCACUGUAACAUAAGCAGACAAACAGAUUAGGGGCAGAAGACAUUAAUUGAAAUUUGAUGCAAAUUGGAAAAAGUCCAAUGCUUUCACCAUUGACUGGAGGCUUUCAAGGAUAUUUUCGAUUUUACUGUAGAAUUCUCUUGUAGUGGUAUAAAUUAUGUGAUAGCUAAAAAGCAACUAAAUCGUGUGUCCCUUGUGACAUAAUGAGUUCUUAAAUUAAUAACAGGCGGUGUUCCGUGUGUUCUAUUUCUCAGAAUUCUUGUUCCAAACGGGAGAAUGGGGUCAUAAAAAGUGGCCUCUGUUCUGGGAAUAAUUUAGUAAAAAAUGUGGGGCGCACAUCGUAAUUCGGUCAUCUUAAAUGGUUGUAUAAAUUCGCCAGUUAACCAGAAGUGUUAUCAAUGCGCAGGGCCUCAAAAUGUAAAGCCUAACAAAUCGCAUUUUGUGACAUUGAAGACCCGCAGCUUUGUUGAUUGGAGCUGUUUGAAGGUAGGCCGCUUGGGCAGUUGGAGCGCAGUGCCCACCACCAACUCCAUGUCGACUUCGUUUAACUAAUUGGCAUAAAUGGCAGGUCCACAUUAUUAAUGAAUUCAUCUGGCUAUCAAUUGUCUGAUACAGUGAAUUAGAGAAAUAGAGGGACAAAGAGAGAAAAUGUAACCAGGCAACUGGAUCAAUAAUAAAUCAACUUUAAUGCAUGGAAAACUAUGGGAUGGAUUCAAUCCGUAUUACUGUAGAUCCGUAAUUUCUGAUUGAGCCGACAUGUGCAGCGUGUACCAUGAAUGCAGUCUCUGCGACUGCGGGACCAUUGCCUUUAAUUGUCAAUCGCGCUAAAAAGCGGAUAUUCAGUGCUACGGAAUGAAUAGAGCCCAUACUUUCUUCCAAGGUUUCAGAGCUCUCAUGUUGUUGUUGUUUUUUUCAGCCUGUCUACAUACCUUUGAAGUGCAUUACAGUUGAAAUUGUCACCAAACCCUUGGACAGUAAAUGGUGAGAAAGGUGUCCCAUGAUCACCAUGAUUACAUGUAUGAAUCACGAUUGAUGUGUCUUCUGCAACUUAUUUAGGUGAGCUGAACUUGUGUAAACUGUGGGCUAUUUAGGUGUGACUCAGCCAACAACACUGCAAUGUAUUUCAUUUCCAUCAUCUCUAGUGAGGAAGGAGUAAGGAGCGGAAAUGAAAAGGGGCACAAAGAGUCAGCGACCUCGGUGACAUGUGAGAAUGAGGACAUGGAUGAAGGGUUUACAGGGACUCUGCUACCUGCGAGAGAUGCUCCUUCGUGGAUGUGGGAGGGCUUCUCCAUAGAUGACUACAACCCAAAACCCCAACCCCAAGGUCCCCAACCAAAGAUCAUCACACCCAAACUGAAGGAAGAUAAGAGAUGCCUACCCAAAGUGACCGUGCCGCAGCCUUUCAAGAUGACCCUGCGUGAGGAGAGCGAGGGGCAGAAGCAGAGGCAGCUUAGGAAGGCCUGGGAGGAGACUGCCAACAAGCCCACAGCCACGCUGCCUCGAUUCAAAGCGAACCCUGUUCCCAAGAGCAACCAGUUGCCCUUGUAUGAUAAGAUCGUAGAGGAGUGUGAGAGGCAGAGAAAGGUUCUCUAUGAGAAACGGAGAGAUCUCAUGCUGGUCAUGCAACAGCCCUUUAACUUGGGGUCAAAGGUUGCACAUGGUUCUGCCAAGAGGAUGGCUGUAGCUGAGGGUGAUGGAGAUGGAACAGCAGCCAAGGAGGGAGACGAGGGACCAAAGCCGGAGAGUUCAGUUCCUGUCCGCUCCUAUAAGGACAUACUGAAAAGAUGUGCCCAGCUGGCUACUCGUCAUCCCCCUCCAACCAGAGUGGAGAAGAAGCUCACUUUCCAACCCGUUAUCAACCGGACUAUACCCGACUUUGGGAGGUUGCACCACAGGUUUGAGGACCGUCUCAGGAGUGUCAGACAGGGAAUGCAUUCCACUGUGCCACAGCCUUUUAGUUUCCAGGUGAACGCUGGAGGGGAUCAGACUGUCAGUACGUCUCAGGAAACUCAAAAGCAUGGCAAGAAGGACCCAUGCCCCUUGGUGAAGUGGGAGCUAGCUAGAAUUCUGGCCAGCUCACAAAGACUUACCAAGUCUGCACUGCUACGAGAGGAGGCUGCAAAGAAGAGACUAGUAACGAGAGAGAAGAGACUGAGAGCAGAGCAGCAGAAGUCAGUAGCUGGCUGUAGUCUUCAGAAAGAAGUGGCCAAGUGGCUCAACGCCCAGAAACAGCGCAGUACUGCCAGGGCACAGCGGCAACAACAGAACUACAGGUAUACCUCUUAAGACCAUGGAGGGGAGCUCUCAGAAUAUUACUACUCAGCCCUCCCUUUGUGUAACUUAGGAAGGAGAUGAAGGUGCGUAGUGCUGAGUAUCAAUCUGAGCUGGCAGACAUGAUGGAGAGAGUGAACAGUAGACCACUGCUGCUCCAGCGUCACUGGCAGGUCAGAGUUUAGCGUAGAGUUGCAACUCAGCUGAUAUCCCUCUUUUACCAGUACACACUAUUCAGCCACAGUGAAGUAUUUCUAAGGUCGGGUGCCUACAACCAUAGCAGCGGGAAGUAGCCCCCUGAAAAAUCAUCAUAAUAAAAUAUAUAUUAAUAAAAAAUAACAUCUUCACAAAAGUAGCGCACUAGGCCUUUACUAGUCCUGUAUUAGCUGACCGACAUAGCUGUCUGUAGCAUCCCCCCCAAACUACUUCUCGCGGCUAUGCCUCCCUCCACAAAGGGAGGGCCUGAUCUCCGGAAGUGGGGAUAACAUCAUAGGGUAAUUGUGUUGUGUCCUGUCCAAAGACCCGGAGAGAGGCAGACAAGCGUUUCUCCCUGAUCCUGGAGCGGGCUGGGCUGGAUGAAGCUCUGCUGUGGAGCAAGGCUAUGCUCCAGGAACAGGGCCAGCGUUUACAGCUGGAGGCCACAGAGGAAGCCUAGGAGGGCACUGAUACUGAUCUCCAUGAGGAGCUUGCAGACUCCUCUGAGGGACGAACCCUGACAAAGACAUGUUUUUACUAGUGUAUUAAAUUACAAGUGUUUGAUCACA